AAAUAAUCUCUAAAUAAAGAUCAUGUCAACUUCAAAUGUUAGUGUUGUAAAUAGGAGUCUUGAGGGAGUUUGCGAAUGUUUAGGCUUUCUUGAUUGAGUAAAGUCCUAAGUGGAUACUAACUGAACUGAUUUUGGCAACUCUAUUGACAGCAAAGCCAUGACGUUUGCCUGUGAAUUCUGACUAUAUCAUUGCAUACACAUAUUGUCACUUGACAUUCCACCAAAUCUGUUCUCUCUCUUGUUCUUCCAGCAAAGAAAACAUGUCUGCAGAUGCCAAAGCAACCCUGGUGUUCAUUCCAUUCCCUUUAAUGAGCCACUUGGUGUCAGCAAUAGACACCGCCAAGCUCAUCGCCGAUAGAGACGACAGCCUCUCCAUCACCAUCCUAAUUAUGAAGCUUUCCCUGGACCCCAAGAUCAGUUCCUACACUAACAAAUCACCCCACCCUCGGAUAAAAUUCCUACACCUGCAAGAAAACAAGUCCAUCACACCAGGGUCGAUGGGAGAUAAGAAUUGGGUGCUUCCGUUCGUGGAGCGCCAUAAGAGUCUGGCCAGAGAUGUUGUGCUAGAGAUGAUGGAGAACCAGAAAGGAAGACUUGCUGGAUUCAUGCUCGACAUGUGCUGCACUCCCAUGAUUGAUGUGGCUAAUGAGCUCGGUUUCCCGGCUUACAUCUUCUUCCCCAGUGGAUCAGCUACUCUUGGGCUUCUGUUCCAUCUCCAGAGCUUGACAGACGAUCAUGGAAAAAACAUGGAAGAGUACAAGGAUUCAGACAUGAAGAUCUCAAUCCCGACUUAUGUUAAUCCAGUACCUGUAAAAGUGUGGCCUGUUGAAGUAAUUGACAACGAAACUGGUAUACUAGAUUAUGCCAGAAGGUACAGAGAGACCAGAGGGAUCAUCGUUAACACCUUUCUUGAAUUCGAGCCCCACGCAAUUAACUCCCUCUCUGCUGAUGCCAGAAUCCCACCAGUUUAUCCAGUAGGGCCGGUGCUUCAAGGAGGAGGUGAAGAAACUGGUGAAAACAAGAGGAAGAGUGAGGAGAUCAUCGCGUGGCUGGACAAACAACCCCAUUCAUCAGUUGUCUUUCUAUGCUUUGGCACCCGUGGAAGUUUCGAGGGCGAUCAGGUGAAUGAAAUUGCUACUGCGCUGGAGAAGAGUGGAGUCCGGUUUCUGUGGUCUCUGAGAAAGCCGCCUCCUAAAGAAUCAGUUGAGUUUCCAGGGGAAUAUGAGAACCCUGAGAAAGUAUUGCCCAAAGGGUUCCUCAGAAAUACUACUGGAAUUGGGAAGGUGAUCGGGUGGGCACCCCAGAUGGCUGUGCUAUCUCACCCUGCUGUGGGAGGAUUUGUGUCGCAUUGUGGGUGGAACUCGACUCUGGAAAGUGUGUUUUGUGGAGUGCCUGUGGCAGCAUGGCCGCUGUCUGGAGAGCAGCAGGCCAAUGCGUUCCAGCUAGUCAAAGAGUAUGAAAUGGCGGUUGAGAUCAAGAUUGACUACAGGAAGGAUAGUGAUGAGAUUGUGGCUGCAGGAACGAUAGAGAGUGCAAUUAGGCAGCUGAUGGACCUGAACAACAAGAUCCGACUUAAGGUGAAAGAGCUGCACGACCAGAGUAUAGCGGCCCUUGAAGAAGGAGGCUCGUCCUAUAACUUCUUAGGUCGUCUAAUCGAAAAUGUCAUGGAUGAUAAUCACUACAAAGAAAUGAUGUCUGCAGAUGCCCAAAAAACCCUGGUGUUCAUUCCAUUCCCUAUAAUGAGCCACCUGGUGUCAGCAGUAGACACCGCCAAGCUCCUUGCCGAUCGAGACGACCGUCUCUACAUUACCAUCCUAAUUAUGAAGCGGACCGUGGACACCAAGAUCAGUUCCUACACUACCAAAUCACACCACCCUCAGAUUAACUUCCUACACCUGCAAGAAAACAAGUCCAUAGCAUCAGGGUCGAUGGAAGACAAGAACUGGGCGUUUCUGUUCGCGGAGAGCCAUAAGGGUCUGGCCAGAGAUGUUGUGGUGGAGAUGAUGGAGAGCCAGAAAGGGACACUUGCUGGUUUUGUGCUCGACAUGUUCUGCACUCCCAUGAUUGAUGUGGCGAAUGAGCUCGGCGCCCCGGCUUACAUCUUUUUCCCCAGUGGAUCAGCUACUCUUGGGCUUAUGUUUCAUCUCCAGAGCUUGAGAGAUGAUCAUGGCAAAAACAUGAAAGAGUAUGAGGAUUCAGAUGAGAAGAUCUCUAUCCCAACUUAUGUUAAUCCAGUACCUGCAAAAGUAUGGCCAAUUAAAGUAUUCGACAAUGAAACUGGUUUUCUAGAAUGUGCCAGAAGGUACAGAGAGACCAGAGGGAUCAUAGUAAACACUUUUCUUGAAUUCGAGCACCACGCAAUUAGCUCGCUAUCUGCUGAAGCUAGAGUCCCACCAGUUUAUCCAGUAGGGCCAAUGAUUCAAGGGCGAGGUGAAGAAAAUGAGGAGAACAAGCGGAAGCGUGAGGAGAUCAUUGCCUGGCUGGACAAACAACCCCACUCAUCAGUUGUGUUUCUCUGCUUUGGAACCCGAGGAAGUUUCGAGGGCGGUCAGGUAAAGGAAAUUGCUGCUGCACUGGAGAAGAGUGGAGUCCGGUUUCUGUGGUCGUUGAGAAAGCCGCCACCUAAAGAAUCAGUUGAGUUUCCAGGGGAGUAUGAGGACCCUGAACAAGCAUUGCCUGAAGGGUUCCUCAGAAAUACUACUGGAAUCGGGAAGGUGAUCGGGUGGGCACCCCAGAUGGCUGUGCUGUCUCACCCUGCUGUGGGAGGAUUUGUGUCACACUGCGGGUGGAACUCGACUCUGGAAAGUGUGUGGUGUGGAGUGCCUAUGGCAGCAUGGCCGCUGUUUGCAGAGCAGCAGGUCAAUGCAUUCCAGCUUGUCAAAGAUUUUGAAAUGGCCAUUGAGAUCAAGAUUGACUACAGGAAGAAAGAUGGUGGUGUUGUGGCUGCAGGGACGAUAGAGAGUGCAAUCAGGCAGCUGAUGGACCCGGAGAACAAGAUUCGACUCAAGGUGAAAGAGAGUGGACUCCAGUUUCUGUGGUCGUUGAGAAAGCCGCCUCCUAAAGAAACAUUGGAGUUUCAGGGGGUAUAUGAGAACCCUGAACCAGAGUUGCCUGACGGGUUCCUCCAACGUACCGUGGGAACUGGGAAGUCCACCAAAUUUUUUGUCAGCCAAGAAAAGAUGUCUGCAGAUGCCAAAGCAACCUUGGUGUUCAUUCCAUUCCCUAUAAUGAGCCACCUGGUGUCAGCAGUAGACACUGCCAAGCUCCUCGCCGACCGAGACGACCGCCUCUCCAUUACCAUCCUUGUUAUGAAGCUUCCCGUGGACACCAAGAUCAGUUCAUACACUAACAAUUCGCCCCACCCUCGGAUUAACUUCCUACACCUGCAAGAAAACAAGUCCAUCACAUCAGGGAUGAUCGGAGCCAAGAACCGGACGCUUCUGUUCCUGGAGAGCCAGAAAGGUCUAGCCAGAGAUGCAGUGGCGGAGAUGAUGGAGAGCCAGAAAGGUAGACUUGCUGGUUUCGUGCUAGACAUGUUCUGCACUCCCAUGAUUGAUGUGGCUAAUGAACUCGGCGCCCCAGCUUACAUCUUCUUCACCAGUGGAUCAGCUUUUCUUGGGCUUAUGUUGCACCUCCAGAGCUUGAGCGACGAUCAUGCCAAAAACUUGAAAGAGUACGAGGAUUCAGAUGUUGAGAUCUCUAUCCCAACUUUUGUUAAUCCAGUACCUGCAAAAGUGUGGCCCGUGAAAGUAUUCGACAAGGAGAUUGUUUUUCUAGAUUUUGCCAGAGGGUACAGAGAGAGCAGAGGGAUCAUCGUGAACACCUUUCUUGAAUUCGAGCACCACGCAAUUAGCUCGCUCUCUGCUGAUGACAGAAUCCCACCAGUUUAUCCAGUAGGGCCGAUGAUUCAAGGGGGAGGUGAAGAAAAUGAGGAGAACAAGCGGAAGCGUGAGGAGAUCAUUGCCUGGCUGGACAAACAACCCCACUCAUCAGUUGUGUUUCUCUGCUUUGGAACCCGAGGAAGUUUCGAGGGCGAUCAGGUAAAGGAAAUUGCUACUGCACUGGAGAAGAGUGGAGUCCGGUUUCUGUGGUCGUUGAGAAAGCCGCCACCUAAAGAAUCAGUUGAGUUUCCAGGGGAGUAUGAGGACCCUGAACAAGCAUUGCCUGAAGGGUUCCUCAGAAAUACUACUGGAAUCGGGAAGGUGAUCGGGUGGGCACCCCAAAUGGCUGUGCUGUCUCACCCUGCUGUGGGAGGAUUUGUGUCACACUGCGGGUGGAACUCGACUCUGGAAAGUGUGUGGUGUGGAGUGCCUAUGGCAGCAUGGCCGCUAUUUGCAGAGCAGCAGGUCAAUGCAUUCCAGCUAGUCAAAGAGUAUGAAAUGGCGGUUGAGAUCAAGAUUGACUACAGGAAGGAAAGUGGUGUGAUUGUGGCUGCAGGAACGAUAGAGAGUGCAAUUAGGCAGCUGAUGGACCCGGAGAAUAAGAUCCGACUUAAGGUGAAAGAGCUGCACGACAAGUGUAGACUGGCCCUUGAAGAAGGAGGCUCGUCCUAUAACUUCUUAGGUCAUCUGAUAGAAAAUGUCAUGGAUAAUACUCAUUGAGUCUAGCCUGUCUGGUGAAGUGAAUGUACUAGAUUGAGAGUUCCCAGUAAUAGCAUUUGCAAGAAGCUAAAACAGUAUUUCCUGAAUCUCAGUCUUGUUUCUCUACACUUGUGUUAUAGGUUCUCAUUGUAUUAUAUUCAUAUGAUUUGAAUGCAUUUUGAUUUUGGCGAA